AAGCAUUGUUAAAUAACUUUCAAAAUUACGAAACACAUUUCAAAUUUAUAAGCGUAGACUGUUUCUAUUUCUUUUUUUUAAAUUUGUUUUUGAGUGCAGCAGGAAGGACGACAAAAAACACAUCAAAUGGCAACGCGCGGCGGCAACAAUAAAAUCGCGGUGACAAUUCAAUUAAAAUAUUUCUGCAUACAUUUUCAACGCUUGCAAAAAUCCGCUUGAGUAGCCGCAAAAGCAUGAAAAGCCUGUGGGCGGAAAAGCGCCGGGGGGCGUGGUGUUGAAAAACUGGUGAAAAACCGUCGCCCAUCACCAAGUGAGUGAGUGAGUGAGUGAGAGCGAAACAAACAAUCAAACCGCAAUGCCUAUCGGGGUAGGAAGUGAAUGAUUGAAUGACAAUUGCAUUUGCUCGGUUGUUCGCUUGUUCGUCCAAUUCCUUCUUUUCCUUUACCAUUCCCCUGACCAGUUUAUGCGGUGCAAAGUUCACACAAAAUGGGCAUAAAGUGAAUCAAGCAGGGGAAAAAACCCGGGGGCGGGCGGAAGUGAGUGGCCAGCAAUUAACGCUCAAUUGGCAGCAAACCGCACCUGCAAAGGGUCAUCUUCGUGUGUUUUUCAACGGAUAUUGGAAGAAGAUUGCCUGCAAGUGACGAAAGCGCUGCCCCAAAAAGUAUGCUACAAUUUCUGCACACUGAGAUCGCGCAACGAAAGACGAAGAGCUACAGAAGAAUUGAAGCAGCUUGGAAAUGGAGCAGCACGAUCAGUGGCCAACACUGAACAAUCUGAAGUGCCUGGCAUUCGGGAUUCGGAAUUUGAAAAUCUAAGGACUGGCUGGGAAAUAAAAAACAAAAUAAAUGACGCAUGAUUAACAAACGCCCUGCUGUUCGUCGUCGGGAUUUUUGCGUUACGUGUGAGGGACUCUUAUUGCGAGCGGAGCAGGAGCAGCAGAGAAGGAGAGAGAGAGAGGGAGAGGGUGCUAGAGCGAGACGGAGACUAUAAGACUGAAGCUGGCAAACCUCACACAAAAUGCGAAGAAGAGGAAGCACUUGCAGCGCACAACAACCACAGCAGCGGCCACACAAACAGCAGCAGCAACGGCAACAAAAUCAAAGGUUAAUCCCCGGCCAACGCUGUUCGCUGCUAAUGUUGCUAAUUGUUGGCCAAGCAGUUUACGCUUCGACGGCCGGCAGUGAGUUAAUCGCAAAUCGCUCGGCGACAACUGCUGAAUCGCCGAUAAUGUUGGCCAAUUUCACCGCUGCCACGCCUCCCGCCCCACGAUUCAGCAGCCCCUUUCGGGAGCAGGAUGUCGCCGAGGGGGAGGAGGAGGAGGAGGAGGAGGCUGCCGGUGGAGGGCAGGCCAAUUGGCUGGAGGAGCAGCAUCCGCUGACCAUUUCCCGACCACCGCGAGCAGGACGCAGCGAGCGGCAGGCUGAGGAGGAUCAGGUGGACCGGUGUCGUCUCUUCGUCGAGGGCGAUCCCACCAAGAACGAGCUGUACAGCCCCGAGUAUCCCAAUCUGUAUCCGAAGAACAUCAACUGCACCCGGGUGAUAACAGCGCCAAAGGGACAAAUCAUACGCCUGGACUUUCGCAACUCGUUUAAUAUCGAGGCCAAGGAGGGGUGCAAAUUUGAUUUUCUCGAAAUACGGGAUGGCCAGUACGGCUUCUCCUCGCUGAUUGGCAAGUUUUGCGGCACCGACUUUCCGCCGGAGAUCACCUCCAAGGAGCGAUAUUUGUGGCUACACUUUCACUCCGACGAGACCAUCGAGUACACCGGUUUCAGUGCUGUGUAUGAGUACCUGGACAGGAGUCGGGAUGCGCCCAGCACCGAUCUCAAUUGCACCAUCGACAAGGGCGGCUUCGAGGGCUUCAUCAACUCCACGGAUGUGCCGGCCGAGAUCUGGGAGCAGGUCAAUCACAACAAGAUCGCGCUGGACUGCAUCUGGCGCAUUCAGGUGAAGGAGAAUUGGAAGAUAUUCCUCAAGUUUCUGGACUUCAAGCUGAGCAAGCCGAACGAUUGUCAAACCAACUUCCUGGACAUAUUCCCGGAGCAGACGGUGAUGCCACUGAGGGUUAAGAACUUUUGCGGUUCGGCUGGCGAGAGCAUUACGGCGGAGUCAAACAUCCUGCAUUUGCGCUUCUACGCAGAUCAAACCGCGAUUAACUCGACAUUCGGCAUUCUGUUCACCGCGUUCCGGGAACGUGGAGCUGCUUGCACCGAGGACGAGUACGAUUGCGAGGACGCGACCUGCAUAUCAAAGGAUUUGAAAUGUAAUAACCUAGACAAUUGCAAAUUUCGAUGGGACGAGGAGGGCUGCACGAGCGAGGCGGCCGGGCAAUCGGAGCAUGUGGUCAUCAUUGUGAUUGUGUUUGGCCUGAUACUCGGCGGAAUGGUCAUUACGUUCAUCGUCAAUUGCAUACGCAAGAUAAUACGUGAUCAGAAGAUAAUACGCGAGCACGUACGCGAGUCGAAGGAGAGCAAGCUGGACGAGAUGGGCCGCAAUUCCAAGG